CCUCCCUUGUCCUUCUCUUCUUCUUUUCUCCCUGCAAGCGCCCCAGCCGGGGAGCAGCGCCCUCAGGGAGCAGCAGUGCUGACAGUCGCAGCCCCUCAGCGCCUGCCGCGGGCGCCAUGACGGCGCUCAAGCUGUCCCUCAUGGCCUUCAGCUUCGUCUUCUGGGCAGCCGGGCUGACCAUGCUCGUCAUCGGCCUCUGGGCCAAGGUGUGGCUGGGUGGCUACCUGGCGCUGUCGGCCAGUGACUACCCCAAUGCCCCUGCCACCCUCUUGGCUACGGGCACCGCCGUCAUUGUCUGGGGCUUCCUGGGCUGCUUCAGCGCUGCCACGGAGCACCGGGGUCUCCUGCGCACCUACGGCGCCUUCCUGAGCGCCGUGCUGGUGGCCGGACUGACCGCAGGGCUCUCGGGGCUCCUCUACCGCCAGGACGUGGCGCGGGGUUUCCAGGAAGGGCUGCGCCAAGCCCUGAACACCUAUGGUGAGGACGAGGCGAAGGCGGACGCCCUGGAUGCCUUGCAGCGUGCCUUUGCUUGCUGCGGUGUGGAGAGCUACCGCGACUGGCUCACGACACCCUGGGCACUCCAGCAAAAUGGUUCGGUGCCCCUUAGCUGCUGCCGGGGCCGGCGGGGCUGCCAGCUGAGCCUACCCAACGUGUACGGGUUGCACCGCGAUGGCUGCUUCGGCAAGGUCUCGGCCUUCGUCAGCAGCAACAUGUUUUCUGUUGCCACUGCUGCCCUGGGGCUUGCGGCGCUGCAGGUGAUUGGCAUUGUGCUGGCCUGCCUGAUGGCUGCCCGCAUCCCUGCCCACCCACUGGGCAUCGCCUCCCCAUGCUGAGACUUCCCCCAGGUGCUGCUCCUUGUGUCCUUCAGCUCCUUUCCUUCCCUCAGAUCCAGGAGACGUGGAUGCACCCCACCACCUGGAAAAUCUUC